AUCAUCAAACAACUCCAUACUAGAAUGAGCUGGUAUAUUUAGCUACGUUCCCUUUCAACGAUCUAUUUCUUUGCGUUAAUAAACACGUCGGGGAAACAUUUUAAUCAUAUGAAAAAUGAUGUAGAUUUCAAAGCAGUCUUUGAAUAGCACUUGUUUUUAGCUUUUAUCAGAACAACUAUCUACUGUAACUACAGGACAGGGGGAUUCAGCUGUAAUUUCAAGCCCUUCUCACUGGAGGGCGCAGCGUCUUGCUUUCAUGUCACGAAGUAAAUAGCGGACAGGGCAACACAAUCAUUCGGGACAAUGAGAAAAUGCACCUCUGAGUCGUGAUGGACCCGUUUGACAGCUCCGAAUCUUGUCUUGUUGAGUCGAAGAAUGCGGCAGAGAAUACAGAAUCGCGUUUGCCAUGGGCCCGGUUCUCGUCGUGGCUGGAGUGUGUCUGCGUCGUUACCUUCGACCUCGAGCUCGGCCAAGCCAUAGAGCUUGUGUACCCCCACGAUGUGAAACUCACUGAGAAGGAGAAAACCAGCAUUUGCUACCUGUCCUUCCCUGACUCUUACUCAGGAUGCCUUGGGGACACCCAGUUCAGCUUCAGACUGCGUCAGUCUGUGGGCCGCAGGGGCUCCUGGUUCGGAGAGGAGGACGCUUACAGCAGAGACGCACCUGUCACACUACAGCGAGAGCUGGCCCAUUUCUAUGGCUAUGUCUACUUCAGACAAGUCAAGGAUGCCGCUGUCAAAAGAGGCUACUUUCAGAAGUCUCUUGUCCUGGUGUCCAGACUACCAUAUGUCCACCUCUUUCAGUCCCUGCUGCAGAUCAUAGCUCCAGAGUAUUUUGAGAAGUUGGAGCCUUGCCUUGAAGCAGUGUGCAACGAGAUUGACCAAUGGCAAUCUCCGGUGCCAGGGCUGACACUCAACCUGCCUGUAAUGGGCGUGGUCAUGCAGGUCAGGAUCCCAUCCAAAAAUGACAAACCAGGGGGAAGCCCGGUGAAACAGGCACAAAAGGAGAAUCUUCUACCAGCCCCUAUGAUGCUACCGACCAUACAUGAGCUUGACCUCUUCAAGUGUUUCCAGUCCUUCCUGAUCCACCUGCAGAUGCUCUGGGAGCUCAUGCUACUCGGGGAGCCCGUGGUCGUCAUGGCACCCUCUCCCACUGUCUCCUCGGAAACCGUGCUGGCCCUAGUGAGCUCGAUUGCUCCACUGCGGUAUUGCUGUGACUACAGGCCCUACUUCACCAUACACGACACUGAGUUUAAGGAGUAUACCACUAGGACACAGGCACCUCCCAAUGUGAUUCUGGGGGUCACCAAUCCCUUCUUCAUAAAGACCUUCCAGUCCUGGCCCCACAUUAUACGCCUUGGAGAACUCAAGAUGUCAGGUGAUCUGCCUAAGCAGGUGAAGGUGAAGAAACUAGCCAAGCUGAAAACACUGGACACUAAACCAGGUAUCUACACAGCACAUAAAACAUUCCUUCAAAAAGACAAGUCCCUCAUCAAAAGACUCCUAAAGGGGAUCCAGAGGAAGAGGCCAUCUGAGGUGCAGAGUGCCAUCUUGAGGAGACAUCUAUUAGAACUCACCCAGAGCUUCAUCAUCCCACUGGAACGCUACCUGGCCAGCCUGAUGCCUCUGCAGAGGUCUGUGACUCCUUGGAAGACCCCUCCUCAGAUCCGUCCCUUCAGUCAGGAGGAGUUCAUGGGGACUCUGGAGCACGCUGGACCUCGGCUCACCUCUGUGCUCAAAGGGGAUUGGGUGGGCCUGUACAGGAAAUUCUUCAGGUCCCCCAACUUCGAUGGCUGGUAUCGCCUGCGACACAGAGAGAUGACCCAGAAACUAGAAUGUCUCCACCUAGAGGUCGUCUGUGAUGCUGACCUGCUGGGUUGGACCAAAGACAAGUCAGAGGUGGAGAUCGUGGACCUGGUUUUGAAACUGAGAGAGAAACUGAUGAAGGCUGGCAAGCAGCAGCUCCCAGUGAAAGAAGGGGUGCUGGAGAAAUUAGAGGGAUACCUCCAGACUGUCAUCAGCUCUCUACCAGAGGACCUGCAGACUGUACUACACAGAUACUGACGCUAACACUGAUACACUGCUGAAUAGAUACAGAAACUGACACUGAAUAAUGUUUUGUUUUUAGUCUUUUAAAAACAACCUGAAACUAAAAGUAUUGCCAUCACCCAAACCACUACCCCCUCUGAGUAAGAUAAUGACGAUUUAGAAUGUAGCAAACUAGAAGUUUAGGUAAUAUAAGAAACAUAGCUAUGUUUCAUCAUGACAAUAACAUUACGUUUUAAUUUAAUUUAAGUUAAGGGGAAUAGAGUAGUUGAAAUGUAGGCUUUAUGAGAUUAUGCCUUCACUAAGUAUCCUGAUUGUUACUAGAGGGAUUGAAGCAUAUACCUGUGGAGAGGGACAUGUUUGAGUAUAGCCUUUUGCUCAAUUCCAGCUAUUCAGAUGUAACAUGCAUAGUUGUUAGUGUAAAAUAUAACUAGCAUAUGCACCUUUUUAUUUUGAUGAUUUUAAAACUCAUAAAAGGGGUGAAUUA